AUGUUGACAACUUUGGAUCAACCUGAGAUGAUUGAAGUUACCAACAGACGUGGGCAAAAGCGCAAAAAACCUAAAGAAAUAGCUCGGUACAACAGCUUCAUGUCAGGCAUUGAUCGUGCUGAUCAAAUGAUCAGUUACUAUUCUUGUCCACGGAAGACGAUAAGGUGGUACAAAAAAGCUAUUUUUUACAUGUUGGAUGUCGCUGCCUGGAACGCAUUCUUCUUGUUCAAAAAGUAUGUUAUAAAGAAAAAUGUCAAGAAAUACGGAUAUGUUGAAUACAGAGAUAAGUUGAUAAGAAGUUUUACGAAACUUGGUGAUGUGGUUGGGAAAGACCUUGUCUCAGUUGACGCAUGGAAGAGAUAUCCACCAAAAACUCCUGACCCAAGCACCUCAACGCCAGGAACAGGCGUUGGUUAUUGGCCAAUUCGCAUUGCAGCGCAUGAAAAUUCGAAAAAGAAGUAUUCUUUUCUAAACUGUAGAGUUUGCCUAAGUCAGGAGCCAAAAAGACGUAGGGAGAUAAGUUACCGAUGCAGCGGCUGUCCCAAAUCUUCUCCACUAUGUCCAGAAUGCUUUGAAACCUGGCACAGUAUUUCUAAUCCUCACAUACGCCAAUAA